GUUCUACCUUCCAACAUUCUCCAAUACUCCAGUCGGCUAAACCCGCCCGCAGCAUCGCCAGAUUGGACAGGGGGAUAUUCACUCAGACGAAAUAGAAGAUGAAACAUCUGUCAACGAGACCACCUGGUGUGUUGGUGUUUGUGCUGCUGCUGGAAACCGCUAACUGCGUUGGUAUGUACGUUCGUAUAAUGGACGACAAUAUGGAGUACCAGAACCAGUCCAGCAUCCUCCGCACCUUCGGAGCCGGGAGUCCAAUAGAAUGUGGAGUUGAAUGUGACAGGGUUCCCACAUGUGUCUCCUUCAACGUGAACACUGAGCCAGACAACAGCUACGUGUGUGUCCUCCUCGACUCCAUUCCCAUGUCACCUAAUCAGGACUUGGUGCUUGCGAAACACACGGACUACUAUGAGAAGACCUGUCAGCCUGGUGUUCGUGUAAUGGGCACGAAGGAUUUUAAUAUGCCGACGCCAGCUGUGUACGUGGUGGCGGACAUGGGCACUUCUGGUUACAUGCUCCAGUUCGAGACUAACUUUGAUCAGAAAUCCUUCAGUUUCAUUAACACAGUCGAUGCCUUGUCUAGUGGACAGUACCAGAUCAUCAGCGGCGUAGAGGAUUUGUUCUCGCCCGAGUACCAGAAAACCGUGGUCGUUGUGUCAGAGGGUCGUUUCUUUUGUGAACGCAAGCAUCUGAACGCCACCCACCUCCCUUGCUUCAUCGGUGACUAUGUCCCUCUGAAAGACAUCUUCAAUACCCAGGAUGUUAAUGCUGUCAUGGCCGACGCUAGCGGAUAUGCUCUGUUCGGAUUCACUGAGAAUCAGGUCAUCACGGUCAAAGCACCUGCCAAUGGGCCUUGGACUGUGGACAGUGUCCUUGACCUUCCUGGUCCCUCUGGGGGUCAAUUCCAACACUUCCCCCGGGGAAUCAGGGGCGCAGCAAACCUGCCCAACCAGAACAAAACGAUUCUGUUUACCCAAUUUUAUUACAUGAUACUUGAUGAUACAAACGCUGUUCUGAAGAGAAGCCAGGUUUGUCUUUAGAAAAAUGGUAAGGUGAGGUGAUAUGGGGUUUAACGUCGCGUCCAAGAUUAUUGCACUUAUAUAGCGAUGUGCAUGCACGU